AUGCCUAGUUUAAUUCGAAGCCAAGAAUCGUUUAACGAUGUGUUACCGAGUGUAUUGGAAAAGCGUGCAUCCCCUAAACCACAACUACAAACGGAGAGGUUAAAACAUAUAACUUUGGAUAGUGGGGGGGAUAGUGUUGACGGUAAUGAGGAAUUGUUGCAGAUGAUAAGUAAGCAGAUCAAUAAAUCGCGGAAAGUGAUGGUUCUUACAGGGGCAGGGAUAUCGUGCAACGCAGGUAUCCCUGAUUUUAGGUCUUCUGAUGGACUCUACAGUUUGGUUAAGAAGAAGUAUCCAGAUGUGCAGAUUCGAUCAGGACAGGAUAUGUUUGAUAUUUCAUUGUUUCAAGAGGAGGAAAAGAUCAGUGUCUUUGCUACUUUUAUGGAUUCGUUGCAUUCCAGUACCAUAAUGGCUAAGCCAACUCGGACUCAUGAGUUUAUUGCACAUUUAAAGAAUAAGAAGCGGUUGCUACGUUGUUACACACAAAAUAUUGAUGGUCUAGAGGAACAGUUAGGUCUUGAGAUGUCCAGGAAUCUGGAUCAAUCUUCCUCUUUUAAUUCUCAGUGGAAGAGCUUUGAUGUUGUGCAGUUGCAUGGGGAUUUAAAUUCAUUGUCAUGUACACAAUGCUUCAAAGCUUUCAAUUGGUCAAGAUCUUGGAAGCGCAUUCUAAAGAAUGGCGCGUUGCCACCCUGUCCGCGCUGUCAUGAGUUUAAUCAGCAGAGAACAAGCCAGGGCAAGCGGUUAAGAAAUAAUGUAGGUAUUUUAAGACCCAAUAUUGUGCUUUAUGGUGAAAAUCAUCCUAGUUGUGAACUCAUUACUCACGGCUUGAAUAUGGAUAUAGCUAAGGGGAAACCAGAUUUAUUGAUUAUAAUGGGCACGAGUUUGAAGGUAGAUGGGGUGAAGAAAUUGGUCAAAAGCAUUAGUAAACAAGUUCAUGAGCGGUCGGGCAUUGUACUUCUUAUUAAUAACACAAAUAUUGGUGAUUGUAAUUGGCAUGGUAUAAUUGACUAUCAGCUUGUUUCCGAUUGUGACGAAUGGGUUUCUGAUCUAAAGAAAAGAAUUCCUGAGUUUUUCUUGUCUCAACAACAGGUGGAUAAACUAAGACAGCUGAAAAGAGAGGCAAGUGAACUAAGAAAGAAGCAACGUGAGGAAAAGAAACAGUUACAAAGUGUAGAGUUAGAAACGAAGCAGACACCAAAUACACCUCCAACUACGCCAUCUCCAACUAAGAGAAAACAUGGAUCUAUUAAUAUUGCUCCUCUUGAAAUUGACGGCUUAAAAUCGGUAGUUAUCGAACCAGCGGACACUGACAUAUUACGGGGGCCUCAGAUGGAUGUAAAUACAAGUGGCAUAUCAUGCAAUAAAGUCUUCAUGAAGCUGGUUAAAGAUGAUAGAGAAUACGAGAAAUUGAGUGAGCUUUCCCACAGUGAUUUACUUGAAAACAGUUUUAAAACACAAAACCAUCGAUCCCCUAAGCGAAUGCAUUUGUCGACAGCAGGGAUACUUAAUGAAUUCUCAGAAAUACCAACAGAACUCGAUGAAACUCAGCAACAUUUAACUGCAAUCAGAAACAACUCAUAA